CUUCGUUCUUAUUUUAAAGAAUUAAAAAAGCUAUUUAAAAUUGACAUAAUCCUGAAUUCCUGAUCUUGGUUUGGAUAGGGACAAUGGGGUUGAUGGACUUAGGUAAAUUAAUUCCCUUAAUAAAUUAAUUUAUCUUUUCUAUCAUUGAGAUAUGAAGCCCUUUAUUACCAUGACAGCCAACAAUAGUGACAAAUAUCUCUCAUUACAUGUUCCAUCUUGAUCUUGGUACUUCUCAUUGCUGUCUUCUUAACUUCUCUCUUUGUAGCUUUUGUUGAUUAAAUCAUGAAAACCAUUAGAUAUAAAUCAAAGGGUCCAUAGAAGUUAGGACUGCUGUAUGGUGUCACUACUUUGAUGUCCAAGAAGACCAAGGAAGGAAAUUAAAGCAUCAAUUUUUGUAAGAAACCAAAUUAAAAAUCUUUGCUUUUCAAAAACACACAUAGCUACUUACACAGCUGAACCAUUCAUAUCUCAGAUUCAACUGUUACAUAUGUUAGUGGGUUUGGUGGUUUAAAAAAUGGAAACAAGUGGUGUUCAUAGCAGUAUAUUGUCAUUGACUAUGAUGGAAGAGGAUGAAUAUCAUCACAAUCAGUUUUCUUCAAUCUCAAAGCUAGACAACAAGGCUCCUAUUACUACCAGUGUCCAUGAUCUUCUCGAAUGCCCGGUUUGCACCAAUUCAAUGUACCCUCCAAUCCAUCAGUGCCUCAACGGGCACACCCUUUGUUCAAAUUGUAAGACCAGAGUACACAACAGAUGCCCAACUUGCAGGCAAGAGUUAGGCGAUAUAAGGUGUUUAGCAUUGGAGAAGAUAGCCGAAUCACUUGAAUUUCCUUGUAGAUACAUCUCUCUUGGUUGUUCAGAGAUAUUUCCAUAUUAUUGCAAAAUCAAACAUGAGUCUAUUUGUACCUUUAGACCAUACAGUUGCCCUUAUGCUGGAUCAGACUGUUCUUUUGUUGGAAAUAUUCCAUACCUUGUUGCUCAUUUAAGGGAUGAUCAUGGUGUUGAUAUGCAUUCUGGAUGCACUUUUAACCAUCGUUAUGUCAAAUCAAAUCCUAUGGAAGUAGAAAAUGCUACGUGGAUGCUAACGGUUUUCCACUGUUUUGGUCAGUAUUUUUGUCUCCAUUUUGAAGCAUUCCAGCUUGAAAUGUCACCUGUUUACAUGGCAUUUCUUCGAUUCAUGGGCGACGAUCGAGAAGCCAAGAAUUACAACUACAGCUUAGAAGUGGGAGGAAAUGGACGUAAACUAACAUUUGAAGGGAAUCCAAGAAGCAUUAGAGAUAGUCACAAGAAAGUGAAGGAUAGUCAUGAUGGCCUUAUUAUAUACCGCAACAUGGCACUUUUCUUCUCAGGUGGGGAUAGAAAAGAGUUGAAGCUAAGAGUAACAGGAAGGAUAUGGAAAGAACAGCAAAACUCUGAAGGUGUCGUGUGCACACCCAACAUGUGUAGCUAGCUUGUGCUACUUCUUAUUGUGGAUGAUUUUGAAAAGUCUUAUCCCAAUGUAUGAUACGAAGAAUGAUACCACUUUAAUAAUACCAUGUUGUUAAAAGUUACUGUGCUAGUUAGGGGUUGUUUGGUUUGGCCAUGGGAACAAAAAACUCAUGUUUCAAUGACCAUUUGCCAUGAUAUGCGGUUGGACAUUGUUUGUUGCACCAUGAAAACAAAAAUACAUCGGUUGUUUUUAGGUUUAAUGGUAUAUUUGGCCUCUUAUGUUAUUUUAGGUUUUGAUUUAGUCUCUUAUGUUUAAAACAUUUUAAAUUGGUCCUUUUAGUCAAAUUUUUGUUUAAA